GCACGAUGUACUAAACAUAAAUAAAACGAAAGUCGGUUGGUAAACAUGAAGUCCAAAAGAGGUGGAAGGAAAGAUUAUAGCGCAAGUAGAAAGCCUGAAAAAGCCGUGGAGUAUGUUAUAAUUAGUACAAUCGGGGCUUACUAAAAAUUGGCUGGUACAAAUUGGCUUACUUGUUUUAGGAAACCUAUUAGAUUUCUUAACGUAAUUACGGAAUACCCCACUCAGCCAAGUCAACUAAGUCUAAGUUACUAAGUUAAGUACCGUCCAAGAGUGCCAAGACUCAAGACCAAUGACCAACUUUAACCCUUCUUUCUAAAUUCUAAGUGAAACAUGACACAUGUUAUCAUCAUAUGCAUUUUCAUUAUGCAACCUGCACAGUUGUCAGUGAGUGCAAAGCGCUCGGCUAAUACAGUUUACACUUGGCGUUUCCUCUGCGCCUUGUUUUAAAGUGUUUUGGCACUUUUUUUUGUUUGUUUACACUGCCUCCUUCUUUGUUUCCAUAAUGGCAAACAGAGAUGCCUACCAUGUAAAAAAGGAGUGCUAAAGCAAAGGGGGGGGGGGGGGGCUAAAAUAAUGUCUGUUCCUUGCACCACUUGAGGUUCUGUGUAGAAUUCUCUCCCUUUUGUUUAUUCUUGGAAUUUUACUGAGUUAUCUUUUCUUAAAUGUUAUUGUUAUGGAAUUUUAAAAAUAGACCUUUCAUCCAGUGGUUUAAUCCUUUCGUUACCAAUGACGUCGACGGGACAUCACAAUCACCCACUUUCAAUUACCAUGGACGUCACAGUGUCUUUAUAACAAAGAGGCAUAGAACUUUUCUGAAAUACCAAGGACGUCACGUCGACGUCAUAUUUCAAUGCUAUAUAUUUUUUAAUUCGUUAAUCUAUACAGAAAUUAAUAAGCGGAUCAAAUAGAGAAUGAAUAAAUACCGAACGUUUCUUGUUUAAAAAGUUUUUUAUUGCUGAGUCGGCAAAAAUCGCUGCCAAAACCAGCGGUAAGGAAAGAGUUAAUAAAAUAUGUAAAAUAAAGUAAAGCUAAAUUUUUCAGGCAUCCUAGAAUGGAUUUUGAUUUUUCUAACAACUUUUGUAUUUUAUUUUUUAACUUCAAUAAAGUGUAAAAGGUGUAUUCGAUGAAAUAGUAAGUUGGGUUUUCAUUAUUUUGAAUAUUUUAAAAAAAUCUAAUCUUUUCAUUCAAGUUGACUCUUUUUCACAGUAUAGUCCUAUAUGUAACUAUAAUAUACGAACAUGUAGAUUUAGGGUUCCUUUUAGGCAUUAGGCUAAUUAGGUCAUAUAUUUUUGGUUUGAUGAUUUAUGUUUAAGUGGGGGGGGGGGGGGGGUUUUUUUUUGGGGGAAUUUAGGGGUUAAUUAACAUCAAUUUAGGGGGAAUAAUUUUAUGGUGGAAUUUAUGCUUGAGUUAAGGAUACUGACUUAGCAUUUGAGUUAGGUAGAGAAGUAGAUUUAAGGAUUGAAGGUAUUUCUCUAAAAAAUAUUUAAUUAAAUCUUAGGUCGCUAAAACUGCACUUUUUUUUCCUUUCACCUCCCCUUUUUAGCAGACGUGUUGGCACAAUUUUUUUUACACAGCCACCAUUUUGGUUGUCUGACACGUCUCCCAUCAUGGCAACCAAGAUGGCGGCCAUGCGAAGUUAGUGGUGUGCCGAACAGACAUUUACCAAUGUGUCUUAGCUACUUACAGAGACAAAAGAAAAUUAUAAGGAAAACAUUUUUUUAAAAGACAUUUUUUAAAGCUUCUCUUGCAUGAAAAUGAUAAUAUGAAAGAACAGUUAAUAGUUAAUUGGAAAAAGUGAAAAAUAAAUACAUAUUAAAGUAAAAAAAAACAUUGAAAAUUAAGCCCCCCUCACAAAAAAUAUGCAUAUGUAAUGAAAUAUUUUUUUAACAAAAACUUUUAAACCUAAAAUCUAUAACUUAACCUAAUCUGCAUGGUAAAUAACCCAAGUGGGAAAAUAAGGAUUGCUUCCUCAAGCAUUAAUUUUCAAACCUAAAACCUUUGACCUAACCUAAACCCAAAAACCAUAUGGUUAUGUGAUAAAGUUACCCACUGUAGUGAGAAAAUAGUAAAUUUGAAUAAAAAGAGUAAAAUUAUUUUUAAAUAUUCGAAAUAAUGAAAACCCAUAUUUCAUUUUCAUUGAAUAAAAUUUAGUACACUUUCUAACCAGAAAUAAAAUCUAAAAUAUGUCAGAAAAGUCAAAAUCCAUUUUACAAAAUGAACAAAGGGUCACAUCUGGCAAAAAACGUUGUCCUUAAAGAUUAAAAUUAACCAUGCUAUGAAAUAUUAGUUUUAAAAAACCUGCAAUAAACAAAAUUCCAUUGGCGUAUUAAUAUAAAAAAUAUAGGACAAGUUUAGUUUUUUUACUUUUUCAUAACCUCCGCAAUUUUCAUUUUAAAAUUGCGGCAGGUUUAUUUCUUAAUUAAAUUAUUUAAAUUAAUUAGACAGGUUUUGAGUAAACCUCAAUUGGUCCUAACUUCUUAGAAUAAUUAUAAGAAAUAUACAAAGGGUAGAAGAAAACCUGACUAAGGACAAUAACAGACAGUGAAUAUUUUGUCCAAAAAACUUUCGACAGUGAAAAUAGAGACAAGCACUCUUAGCUUGUUGUAUAGAUAUGUAUUCUACAGGAAAUGGUAGACAUAUGCAACUUGGAAGUGACCCAUGAAAUCAAAGAAUUUACCUAUGAGCUUAACAGUAAACCUAAAAUAUUAGAAAUAAGUAAAUAAAUUAAAUUUAAGACAUUAUCGGCAAUUACUAUAAAACAGCAGCAUGCUUCUAUUCAUAAGCAAAUAUUCGGGUUGAAUCCUGGUUUUUUGGGUUUGAUUUAUAUUUUUAUUUGCAGAGAUGAAUCUGAUGAAGAUGUCGGUGACAUUUUUACAGAUGAGAUCAGUGAAUUUACAGAUGCAAGAAACAAAGUAUGAUUUAUUUAAUCUUUUAGUCAUUGAAACAAAAACACUUAGAAAAAAAACUAUUUACUUGGCUUUUGUUUAUUUUGUAAAAUAACAUCUGAAUUAGUUAAACAAAAUUAAUGUAUUUUUCUUUUUUUUUUUCAUGACAGAUUGAUCUCGGUGAUCACAAUGAAAGUGAAGGCGAGGAAGAGGUGAGAAUCUAUUUCACGACUCCACUUGUUGUGUUUAUUUUUUUUAUUAAGUAAAUAUUUGAUCAAAAGCAAAAAUGUCUAAAAAAAUAUUCCAAGUUAAUUUAAAAGUAAGAUAUUUCAGUGCCAUACUGUCCAUACUAUUUUACUUCAAUUUAAACAAUGAACAUGCAAUAUAAUUAUUAAAAUAAGUUUACUGUUUUAUGUCUUUGGGUCUAUCAGCACAUUAAUUGAUGAUUUGAAUUGUUGAUAAGACUUGCUUAUUUUCUCAUUCCUUUUGACAUUAAUCAUCGUUAUGAUAGGAGGAAAUGUUUGCUUUGAUGGAUGAAGAAGAAGAGAGUGAUGAAGAAAUUGGGGAAUGGUCGAAACGUCUCAAGCAAAUAAAAUUUCAAGCUAAACUAGAAAAUAAAAAGCCAUUGCCGGGAGGUAGGUCAUACUAGUUUUAUUUUUGUGUGAUGUUCUACUUAAAGAAAAAAAAUUUUUUUUGUCCUGGAUAACAUAGAGACUGAUGUUGAUGCUCAGUUGUUAUGAAUUUUGUUAUAUUGACUGAAGGAGUUGCAUACACAAUAAAUAAGCCCCUUGCAUUUCACUAACAAUCCCAAGAAUUUAUUGCUCAUGAUAUUUAAGCGCUUACAGCUAAAUUAUGUUUUAAGUUAUCUCUUAGGUCAUCUGUUAUCAAAUGAAUGGAACGCGAAGGCUGAGAUGACAAUGAUAAUGACCAGGCAUGGGCAGAAAUAAUAUUAUUUUACAUGAAUGAAAAAAAUCUACAUAAGAUUGCAAGGGGAGUGAGGGAUAUGAGGGGUUGUUGGGUUGAUUAUAAGAUGAGGUUAAGGGACGGGUGGGCUAACAUUUUCAUGGAUUCUGAUUUGCUCAUUAAAGUGCUGACGAUAAGUUUGUUUGGUUUAUCUGCAUUUCAUAUGUGCAGAGAUUUUAAAGAAUGCAUAUUCAUGUUACUAGCUUUACAAUUACCGUUUAUUCUUAAGUUUAGAAGAAAGUUUUGUGUAUAGCAAAGACAAAAACAAAUCAUACGUUAUAUUCAUUUCAGUGGUUAUUUUUAAAUUACAGUUAAUAUUUGAACAAGAAUUUAAGGCAAGAAUAUAAAUAAUUCAUUCAUGGGGGUACUUUUCCAUAUAAUACAGAAACAAUUUAUGAAUUAAACUUCUACAAAUAGAUAUUUUAAAAUUAUUAUACAGUAACAGUUUACAAAUUAAACUGCUAUAAAUAUAUUUGAAAAAAUUAUAAUUUGGAAACAAUUUACAAAAAUGAAACUACUAUAAAUAGAUAUUUAAAAAGAAAACAUAACUUCAGUUUUGAAAAAAAUUAUUAUAAGAUCUAGACUAUACCGUAAUGUUUAAUAGCUUUAUAGAAUGAAGAAAAUGCUUUAAAAUGUCUUUAUCAAAAACUUCCUCUUACUUCAGAUUCAGCAGAGAAGUCAUGGGGAAACAAAAGAGGAGUUUUCUAUGGUUCAGGGGUUAAAAGGAAACCAAAGGAGGCUGGUCAGUACAUUUCUAUUACCAGUUACUUAUUAUUAAGGCUUAUAAAAAAAAUACAGUUUGCAUUGAAAGUUCUGUUUCAUGUUUUAUGAAGGUAAGUCUUACAUUUUUUUUGUUACAUGAAAAGAAUUUUAUGAUGAUAUACAUUUUUUAAACAUGAACGCUAAACCUAACUCAAACUCUUGAUUAGAAUUGGUGACAUAGUAGUGAAACCUGAAAAACUCCUGUUUAUUUUGCCAUAUAAAUAAUCUUCUAGUAAGUGAUGAGGAAGAUGAGUGGACCAUGGAAGAGAAAGAAAUUGAAAAGUUACAGAAGAGAUUGGAUGAAGAUAUCGAUGAAGAAGAUUUUUUGGUACCAUCACUCCUCAUUAAAGUAAGUAUUCCAUAAUAUUAACUUAACACUGUAUUGGAUUGUGUGUGGUGUGUCAGACUUUGACCUGAGUGCACCCGAGGUUGAGUUUUUGCUACAGAUAUUUUUAUGACAAUCUUUUGUAUAUUAUUUUUUUUACCGCAGUGUUGAAAAAGAAAAAAGUUUGUCAGGGUAUUUGAGCAUGUCAAAUGAAUAUUUAUUCAAUAGUUUUGUAGCCAAUAAGUCAAUCUUUUUGUUUAAAAAUCUUUAUGUUGAAAGAAAGCCAAACCUGUUGUGUCUGAAGAUUUGACAGUAAAGAGAGAUUUGACUUCAACAGAGAAACAAGAGGUAAGAAACAAAAUGUUGUGUGGAAAACUUGUAUUUACUAAUUACUAUUAUUUCUUGAAUGUAUAAAUCUUGGUUUUCCUACGUAAAAAAAAAUAUCACACAAAAAUUAAUUAGGCAUUUAAAGAUGGUUAAAUAGGGAAAUUUUUAAUUUUUAAUCAAGGCUUGGACAAAGACAUUUUUAGUAAAGUUUGAAAAUAAAUUAGAAAUGAGGGUGGUUUUUGUAGUUUCAACAACUAAAUGGCUUAAAUAUAAACUAGUGAUAUUAAUUGGACAUACUUUCGCACAUACAAAAAUGGUUAAAAACAUACAUGAAGAAAUAUAUCAACUGAAUGAAUUUUUUUAGACUAUUUGUUAUUCAAAUUUUCUGAAUUACUACUAUUUUUCUGAAAAUGUUUGAUAUUUUUACUGAUUCCCCAAUAAGAUCACUAAGCAAGUGUUGAUGAUUACUGCUUUGCAUACAUGCAGUUUAUAUUUUUCAAGCUGUCCAAAUUUUAUUUUUAAUGACCAUUUGAGCUUCAAGUGCAUGCACACCAUUCAUUGGCUCUUAGUGAUAGCAACACACCAUUCAUUGGCUCUUAGUGAUAGCAACACACCAUUCAUUGGCUCUUAGUGAUAGCAACACACCAUUCAUUGGCUCUUAGUGAUAGCAACACACCAUUCAUUGGCUCUUCUUAGUGAUAGCAACACACCAUUCAUUGGCUCUUAGUGAUAGCAACACACCAUUCAUUGGCUCUUAGUGAUAGCAACACACCAUUCAUUGGCUCUUAGUGAUAGCAACACACCAUUCAUUGGCUCUUGGUGAUAGCAACACAACAUUCAUUGGUUCUUAGUGACAGCAACACACCAUUCAUUGGCUCUUAGUGAUAGCAACACACCAUUCAUUGGCUCUUAGUGUUAGCAACACACCAUUCAUUGGCUCUUAGUGACAGCAACACACCAUUCAUUGGCUCUUGGUGAUAGCAACACACCAUUCAUUGGCUCUUAGUGAUAGCAACACACCAUUCAUUGGCUCUUAGUGACAGCAACACACCAUUCAUUGGUUCUUAGUGAUAGCAACACAACAUUCAUUGGCUCUUAGUGAUAGAAACACAUAAUUCAUUGGCUCUUAGUGAUAGCAACACACCAUUCAUUGGCUCUUAGUGAUAGCAACACACCAUUCAUUGACUCUUAGUUUUAGCAACACACCAUUCAUUGGCUCUAAGUGACAGCAACACACCAUUCAUUGGCUCUUGGUGAUAGCAACACACCAUUCAUUGGCUCUUAGUUUUAGCAACACACCAUUCAUUGGCUCUUAGUGACAGCAACACACCAUUCAUUUGCUCUUAGUGAUAGCAACACACCAUCCAUUGGCUCUUAGUGAUAGCAACACACCAUUCAUGGGCUCUUAGUGAUAGCAACACACCAUUCAUUGGCUCUUAAUGAUAGCAAGACACCAUUCAUUGGCUCUUGGUGAUAGCAACACACCAUUCAUUGGCUCUUAUUGAUAGCAACACACCAUUCAUCGGCUUAUAGUGAAAGCAACACACCAUUCAUUGGCUCUUAGUGAUAGCAACACACCAUUCAUUGGCUCUUAGUGAUAGCAACACACCAUUCAUUGGCUCUUAGUGAUAGCAACACAAAGAUACUUCAUUAUUCUAGUUGAUGUUUACAUUUGUGCAAUUUUAUAAUACGUAUAGUUCAAGAAAAAACUUCACCCAGAAGCAGAGCCAUUGAAAGAAGAACUGAACAAAUGUGUAAGUUCAUUUUGAGAUGUUCAGCAUAAUUAAAACUGUACUGAAAUAAAAUGUUCAGAGAUACUUCAUGUUUUUAAAAAAAAAUAUGUACCGGUAUCAAUCAAUCUUUAUUUCUUUAAAAAAAAUAAACAAUGGCUGAUAAUCAUGCUUUAUUUUUUUUUAUUGUGUUAAGUGUUAAAAAAAAAAUUUUGUGUUUGAAUUAUAAUAAUAAUACUUAAUAAUAAUGUAUUUUUGUUUUGUUAACUCUUCAGAUUGAAGAAUUGGAAAUGUUAAAAGACAAGAAAGGUUGGAAGGUGGAGAGUAGGGACACAUGCUUCAGAUUGUAAGUCUUCUGAAGUCUGUACUAACGUGAUGACACUUGAGGGUACAUAGUGGCGCCAACUUCUUCCGGCAUAAUUAUUUUAAUUUUAUGUGGUUGACAAUAGGAGGAAGCGCUUGAAUUAAAAUUAGUUAUUGAAAUGAAAUCAAAAUUUGAAAAACAUUGCAAUAAAUUUUAUUUCAAGAAGAAAAUGGAUCAAUUAAAUAAUUCAGUUAAGUGCAGAUUAUUAUUAUUUAAAGCUUAUUGUAUAACAAUGUCUUUUCAAGGUAAUGGGAGAAAAUUAUUAAAGUCUCAUAUGAUCUGCUAAUAGGCAGAUAUCGCCCCACUUAGUUCCCUGUCUAUAGGCCAAUUACCCCUCUAAAUUCCCUCAAAUAUUUCCAUAAAAGUUGGUUUUAGAACAAGUAUCUAAGGGAAUUGUUUUACAUUUAGAAAUAUUCUUCUACAGACUUCUUCUCGAUCAAAAGGAUCUAGAAUUUUUUUUUUAGGUCUUCAUAUUGGACUAGAUAACUAUAAAACAAUAAUAUUAAUAAUUUAAAUAGAAUGACAUACAAAAAAAAACUGUUCUUUAUUUUAGAUUGGCAGCCAACAUUGCAUUCUAUCUUCAUAUGAUUGAGAAUGAUGAAGACUGCCGGGGGCAUCCUGUCAUUAAGAGGAUCGUUCAAUGGAAGAAGGUCAGUUCUUUUCAUGGAUGUCUGGGAAUGUCAGUUCUUUUCAUGGAUGUCUGGCAAUGUAAGUUCUUUUCAUGGCUGUCUGGCAAUUUAAGCUCUUUUCAUGACUGUCUGGCAAUUUAAGUUCUUUUCAUGACUGUCUGGAAAUGUAAGUUCUUUUCAUGGCUGUCUGGCAAUGUAAGUUCUUUUCAUGGCUGUCUGGCAAUGUAAGUUCUUUUCAUGGCUGUCUGGCAAUGCACUUUCUUGACAUUUCCAAAGAUGUUAUUUUUCUCACUGCACUGAAAUGGCCUUAAUCACAAAUAAUAAAAUGCCAGUGUAAAGUGUCCUUUUCUUGUAAUUAACUUAAAGCCUUGCAUUUUUUAUUACCUAUAUCAAUUAUUAUUUUUUUUAAAUUUAUUAAAAAUGUUUAAUUUUUUCAAAAGUUGGCUAAAAUGUAUGAAGCCAUUCCAAGAGAUCAGAUGGAAGCCUCAGAUGAAGAUGAUAAUGAACAUGAUGAAGUUACUAAUGAUGAGACCAAAAAUAAUUCACCACAAAAACUAUCCAGGAAACGGCCACGGUUAGCUCAUUUUUGUCACAUUUAGAAAUUAAUUCAUAGUUUAUCAUUAUCAUAUUAAAGACAGCAUUUGGGGAUGAAUUCAUAGUUUAUCAUUAUCAUUUUAAAGACAGCUUCGUUUUCUUUCUGAAACUUGGAUGACUCUUGUUUGAUGAGUGUUGGACCCAAGGGAGUUAAUAAAUUUUAAACCUAACCCGGCAUUUUUCACUCCUUACAGAAAUUUGUGUUUGUUUUCUUAUGAAUCAUUACACACUCUGUCAUUACACACUCUGUCAUUUACACUUCCAUUUUAAACCAUUGACCUUGUAUUUAUCCGUUUACUAUAUCUCAUUGAUAUAUUAAAUUAUUUAUGUUUUCUAUUUACAUGCAUUUUUCAGGGCUGAAGGUGAGGAUAGUGAUGAUGAGAUUGAUGAGGAAAUGGAAGAGGAAAAUGCUAAUGAGAUAUCAGAGGAAGGGGAGAGCAGGCCAAUUACUUAUGAGGUUGGUUUUGUUGUAUUAUGCUUGUCAAGUUGAAUGAUUCAACAUGUUCAGAUGGAUUAGCGUUUGGAUAUAUAGCCAAUCAGUAAUUUCCAGACUAACGUAUAUAUUAGAGAUGGUGGUCCUCUAUCACUAAACAAACAUUCAAGAAAAAGAAAAAAAAAACUGCAAAGAGUCUGGAUGCUACCUUGCAAAGGACAAAAAAAAGGAUGAGAAAUUUGUUUGAUUUUUUUCAUUUUGAAUUUUAAGUGCUAACAAGAAUUCUAAUUUAUUUCAGUUUUUGUGUGUGUUAAGAGUUCAUUUUAACUUUAUGUCAUUUUAGAUUGAGAAAAAUAAGCCUAAGAAGAAAACAGCUCCCAACAAUCCCCGUGUCAAGCACAGAGAAAAAUUCAGGAAGGCCAAGAUUCGCAUGAAAGGAAAGGUAUGUCAUUUUUUUCUUCAAAUCUUCUAGUAGUUUUGUUCAAGAUUAUAUUAACUUUUUAAAUAGAGGGUGGGGGCGGGGGAGGUGGUUUCCAACUAAAUUUAUACUGCCCCCUCUUCCCUUUGGGGGUAGCACACUAAAAAGGUUUAUGAGUAGUAAAUUCUAAAAAAAAAGUUCAACUCUGGACAAGUGAUAGAAGUAUUUUACAACUAAAAAAGUCCAUUAUCAGAAAGGGAGGAUAAAAAGAAAGGAAGAAAUACUUACUGUUACCUUAAUACUGUUUGCAUUCAGUAAAUUAUAAUUUGGGACGCUAAAAGAUUACUUAAGGGGAGGUGCGGGUGAGAAAUUGACGAAAAUGGCAAAUUUUGAAUAAUUUUUUAUUAUUAGCUAUUUGGUUUUAUUAACCAUUUCUCUAUUACAUUUUUAUAUUUGUUUUUAUAAAAGUAAGUUAGAAUAUAUAAUAAAUUACAAAUUUCCUGACCCUAUCAAUCAGAAAAAUGUCAAAAUUGUCCUAUUUUUAGUGUUUUUACCCCUUUGUUAUGAGUAUUUGGAAUCGCCCAAUCCCUACGUCUUUGGCAUGGUUGGAAAGAUGGUGAUUUCGGGGUCAAGAUAAAUAUAGCUUAUGAUCACAAAGAAAACUACAAAAGCAACCGAACCUCUCGAUCGCCGGUAAUGUCUAGCAAAAUUUGGUAUUUUCCUGUCCUACUUCGUGUAUCACGUGAUAAAACCCUGACCUUUGAAUAAAAUAAGCAUUUUGAUUGGUUCCUAUGUAGGAAAUCUGUUUAUAAAGGUCACUUCCGGUAUAAACAAAACCGUAUCUAAUUUCGUGAAUCCUAGCAAGUUCGAUAUGUAAUUUGUCGGUAAUAAAUUCAUUUGAGGAGUUAAAAAACAACUAAAUAAGUAAAUAACCACACAAAAUGAGUUGGCUUUGAUUAAUUGCCAUAAUAAACAUGAUUAAUGCUUCUCCUUUUCGGAGAAGACCAAGACUGAGUACACUAAACUACUAAGACUAAGCCUACUCCUAGGCCUAGUGCUAGUCGCUUCAAGUUCAAGCAUCGCUACGCUACUUUACCAGCAGGAAAAACAUAGAAAAAUACUAUGCCUUGGUAAGUCUUACAAAUCUAUUUUUCAUUUAGAUUCAAAUUUAAAGUACGGUAUCAAUUAUUUAUAAGGCUAAGCCUAUACUGUGCUCACUAUACACCAUUGAAUGAGGGCUAUACUUAUACUUUAUUAUAUUAGUAUUAGUAAUAAACACUGUUACUUUGGUGAUAGUGAACUGUAGUAAAAAUAAAACAUAUAAAUUUUAUGAAUUUAGUUAUUGUGACAUUUGUCUUACACUGUCCUAUAUUUAUAGCUAUUAAAAUGGUAAUAUGAAAUUAAAUGUAAUACAUUUCUCUUUUUUUUUAUUGCAUCGCAAAUAACAUUGUCAUUAGUGUUAUUUUAUUUUAAAGUAAAGUAAGAGUAAGAGCCCUAACAAAUUUUGCUUGAAAUACGUGUCAACAAGUAUGACCUAUCAGUCAUUAAUUUCAUUAUAGCCUUAUAUUUUUAUUGAGAAGCAUUUAAUAAAAAUAUCUAAAUACAAGUUUAUUGUUUUCAGGAAUCAUUGAGGAGACGCGCAAUGAGGUUGCGGAACACAACAAACCACAACAUGCAUUAUAUUUCCUGUUGAUAAACUACACUGAUCUGUUGUGCCUAGGUCCAUUUAGCCCAAAGGACAAUAUGCACAUGAAAAAGAAGGAGUGCCCUAAGUGUAUUCCAAUGUUUCAGAUUCCUCGGCGCAACAUAUGUUCGAUGCAUCGAAAUAAAACUACGGUAACCUCAGGCAGAGGAUGCAAGAGAAGACUAACACAGAUUACAUCACAAAACUCAUUACGUGUUAUUCAAGGACAAAAAGAAUAAGACAGUAGUUGAAAGAAACAUAUCAAUAAUUCCCUUAUUUUAACAUUGUAUCUCUCUGCGAUGUGAUUUUCAACAUGACGAGUGUCAAAAUUUGAUACAGUAACUAAUUAGAUUUUACAAUGGAGUUAUUGCUCAUGAGUUUUCUGGCUCACACAAAAAACAGUUAAUAUGCUUUUGUGGAAAAAUACAUGUUGCAACUCAAGUGAUUCAAAAGUUGUGAGAUAGAAAUCAGAAAAUUUACAACUGUCAAUAUUCAUUCCGUCAUUAGACCUCAUAGAACUUACAAUUUUUUCUUUACAAGAAUAAGAGUUGCAUUUUCAGCAUUCAUGGACAAUGCCAAAUAACUCUUUGGAAUUGCAUAUUUACCUAGCUUAAUUUUAUGAUGCUGAAAUUCUCCAAAAUAAGCGAAUUAUUAUUUUUUCGACAAAUACAGAAUAAUAGAUAAAAAUAUAUCAAUCACAGUGAAAAGUUGAGUGGUCAGGAAAAAAGAAAAAUGGACCUGGAAAAUGAUUAAAAAUGUCCACAAUAGGCUAAUAAAAAGUUUUUAUUCCAAUCUUGGUAUAAGAUUCUUAUUUUUCAUUGAUAUUUUCAUUGUUUUUGUCGUUUUUCUUCGUUAUUUCAGUUUUCUUGUUUUCACUAUUUUUGGUCACUAAUAUCCCUAUAACUUUUUUAUUUAUUAUCCAAACCUCACCAAAUUUUCACAGUAUGUUCAGUGACCAAUAAUAAACAUUUGAAUAACCUAGAAUUAAGAUAACUAUCUUAGAAAAGAAAAUAUGUAAAAAAGAAUUCACCCACACCCCUAUUUUUUGCAUAAAAAAUGGGGUCACAAUUUCUGACCCUGUAAAUUUAUAACCAGUCAUUACAUCAAAAAGUCCUGUUAUACAAAGUUUUAUUAUAGGUUAAAUAAUCUAUGUUUAAAAUCUGAUAGCAAUAACUUAAUAUUUGUAAAAGCCUUAGUGUUUUAAAACACACUAAAAAAAUAAAAAUGGCGGAGGUUUUUAUGGGCUACAAAGGCAACCAAUGGAAAUUUUUUUUUUUUAAAACCUGUUUUGUACCUCCAUUUCAAUACCAAAUAAGGUGUAGUUAAAAAAAAUCCUAUAUGAAGCCAAACAAAAAUUUUAGAUUUUUCACCCACACCUCCCCUUAAAAAUAUUAAAUUACUUCAAUAUUUCUCAAUUUACAAAAAAUACUAGACUAUUUGUAAUAUGUCCUUGUUGCUCUAAUUUUUUUAUUAUUCAUAUUUUUGUAUUAAAACAUUUUGAAGCAUAUCUUAAUUUUGUAGUUCUGCAAGGAAAGAUUAGAAUGCUAUCAUUAAUUUUUUUUCUUCUAUGUUUAAAUUAUUAUUUUAUCAAUAAAAAGUAUCUCUUAUUUACUAGAAUGAGGUAUCAUGUGGAAUUUUAACUAUGUGUCUUAAGUUGAGGAAUCUAACUCUACCAUUCUAUUUUCCCGCAUAGAUUCGAGAAUAUCGACCAGAAAUCAACAAAUAUCAAGGAGAAGCAUCCGGCAUUAGGGCUGGAAUCAUCCGAAGUGUUCGACUAAAGUAGCGGACUGAGAGUGAUUAGAAGUGCAUGAUUGAAAAUAAUUGACUUGUGGUUACGAUGAGUGAAUGGAAUGCAUGGUAUAAGUAAUGAAAUAAUGUGUUGAAAUGCAAAUUUAAUUAUAUUUAGAUCCUAAAAAUUAUGAAAUAAACAAAUUAGGAAGACAGAAUUAUUUUUUUGGUCCUUUUUCCCCACUCAAGAUCCCCAUGUAGAUGGAAAAACUGGGAAAAUGUCAGGAAUUCAUUUAACAAUUAUCUGGCUGGUCUGGAAUUUUUUAAUUCAAAAAAGAUAAUAACAAUAAUUUUGGAUCCCAAAAUGGCCUAACAUUUCUAUUCUAACCCUGCUGUCCUUUAUCAAUAGGAUUUUGUGAAAUGGCAGUGGAUACCCUUAACUGCACAUGUGCUUAACUACUAGUUUCGGAUAUCAAACUCAAACUAUUAAUUUUCCUUGCAAGAAGAAAACAUUGACUCCUUAUAUAAAAAGAUGUUUUAAACUGGUAGCUAUAUGCAUGUUCUAGAAUCCCACUCCUCUGUACUUUUAAAUGCAACAACUUUUCAAGUCUAAAUUGAAAAUUAAUAUGUAUUUACAUGUAUAGACCUUUAUUGGUUAAUUUUGUCAAUCUGUGUUGUAUUUCAAUAUUGUUUUUACUUUUAAAAUUUCAUGCUUCCCAUUUUCAUAUCAUCAACUUAACCAUGACAUUGCAAAAGGGAGGACAUUAUUUGUUUUUUAGUUGUGAGAAAGGAGGAGAUUUUGUUUUUAAAAAACAGUGGGAACCAUGUCUCCUCCACCUUUGCAUUUAGUAAGUUUUGCCACCAUUCACUUCCCUGAAGUAUCAAGGCGGGCAGAUUUGAAUAUUGAGUAAGAUUUACACCAUUCACUUCUCUGAAUUACUGAGGCACGCACAGAGAUGAAGAUGUGUUGACAAACUUAACACUUCCAAUUAUGAAUUUCCUCCUCAAAUUCAUGAAUGUUUUUUUAAAUUUUAAAGCUGUUUAAAAUGAAUUCUACAUUUUGUUAAAGUGUUUUCUCAAAAUUGAUUAUAUUAUUAUUAAAU